AUCCUGUGUGCACAGUGUGCAAAACAAGCGAGGAAAUCAUUAAGCAUAUCUUUCUUGAAUGCACCAUUGUGAGGGAUUUUUGGAGCAAUUUAGGUAUAGACCCCUGCACCUGGGCUAAUGAUGAUAACUGGAUCCUUAGUAUUCGCGAUCUUAACGUUACCCUUAUGAAUAGUAUUAUUAACUGGACCAAUGCCUUUACUUUUGCUAUAUGGAAUAUUUUGACCAAUAGGAAUAAAAAUAUUCACGAAAAUAUAUCAUACGCGCUUCACUUAAGCAAUAUUUUUAAAUUAGCUGUGGAAUACAAACUUCUUGCGGAGAAGGAAAUCAUCCCUCACAAUAAAAAGCCCAUUGUUGUAACAUGGCACAAACCAUCACAUGGAUUUUACAAGCUCAACAUUGAUGGUUCCUUCAUGGAAAACUCGUCUAUUUGUGGCUUUGGUGGUCUCUUUAGGGAUAGCAAUGGCCACUGGAUACUGGGCUUUAAAGAUACAAAUUAUGGAUCACCACCACUUCAAACUGAACUGUUGGCCCUAAAAGAAGGAGCCCUAAAAGAAGGACUGCGUAUUGCUCAUGAACAAGGCUACAACACCACUGGAAGUUGA